CAAUCGGUUCCUUUUUACCAGUAUGUAAACAAGGUGAAAACUGCCACCUGCCGGACUGUUUUUGCAGCACCUUCCAUCACCCGCUCGACCCUAAGUAGAUUCCCCAGAUAGUAUACUUUGCAUUCGAUGACGGAGUCAAGGCUGGAGCCGAAGCUUACUACAACAGGUUAUUUGGACAUGAACGUAAAAAUCCAAAUGACUGCCCAAUCAGCAUGACCCUUUAUGUUUCUGGAGACAACAACGAUUAUUCCUUGGUGAAUGAAUAUUCCAACAGAGGAUUUGAAAUUGCGAUUAAAGAUAUGCGUCACUCUAGUCACAAUAGCGAAACUCUCUUAGUAGAUGCAAAAAGACGGAAAGAAAACAUAAUAAACUUUUCGAAUGUGACGUCGGACAAGAUCCAUGGAUGGCGAAGUCCCUAUUUGAAGACAGCGAGGGACGAGCAGAUAGACGUUUUACAGAAUCAAAACUUUACCUACGACGUGUCUUUCGUUUAUACGAGAAAGAAGAUGGAAGAUUUAAAUCCAUGGCCGUUUACGCUGGAUUAUGGAUGGACGUUACCUUGUGACAUACAACCAUGUCCUACAGAAAAACAUCCUGGGUUUUGGGUUGUGCCUGUCAACGCCAUGAGGGAUUACGGAGACUGGGGAGCGUGCGAGUUCCUUGAGUCAUGUGCAAACAAACCUUUAACUGUAAAUAAAACGCGCACGUACAUUAUGGACAACUUCCGUAGUCAUUACCAUGGUAACAGGGCUCCAUUUGGAAUCCACAUGCACGCCUCGUUGUUCACGGAACGGACCGAAUUUCUAGAUGGGUUGGAUCAGGCCAUCCAUGACAUGCUGGAAUAUGAUGACGUCUUUAUCGUCAGUAUCCAUCAGGCAGUAGAAUGGAUGAAAAGGCCAACAGAACUGGAAUUUAUCAAUCGUUUUAAACCUUGGAGAUGUUCUUCACAAACUGACAGUGCUAUAACACUACCCGGUAUACUGAUAUUCCUCCUGGUCGUUGUGGGUAUAAGUAUUUACAUUAGAAUUAUGACAAAACUGUUUGGAUGAAUUUUUACGAAGGUGGGUAAUUAAGAAUGAAAAAAAUGAAAUAUGUACAGUUGUUUUGUCAUCAAUAGAGUUGUUCUGCCAUCAAUAGAGUUUUUCUGUCAUCAAUAGAGUUUUUCUGUCAUCAAUAGAGUUGUUCUGUCAUCAAAAGAGUGUUUCUGUCAUCAAUACAGUUGUUCUGUCAUCAAUAAAGUUGUUCUGUCA